AUGCUAGUGUUCGACGAGACUUUCGACGUCAUUGUGGUCGGUGGUGGGAAUGCUGGGUUUUCCGCCGCCACAACCGCCGCUCAAUGUGGAGCAAAGGUGGCGUUAGUUGAGAAGGCUCCAGAGUCAGAGAAUGGAGGCAACACCUUCUUCACCGCCGGCGCAUAUCGGUAUUGCUUUGAUGGACUGCAAGAUCUACUACCAAUUCUGUCCAAGGAUGACGGGACUAAAGGCCUACCCCAGGAUCUAUUAGAGAAGAUCGACGUCAAGCCCUACAGUAAGGCCGAUUUCCAUGCCGAUCUCAAAAGAGUAUGCAAGAAUAGGUCGGACCCAGAGCUAGCGAAAGUCCUCGUUGAUCGGAGUCGAGAAGCAAUCCAAUGGAUUGCUGACAACGGAGGAAAAUGGCAUCUAGCUUUCCAUCGACAAGCAUACGAGGUUGACGGGCGUUACAAAUUCUGGGGAGGCAUGGUUACGGCUUUCCUUGGAGGUGGGAAGGCGCUAGUGGAUUGGCAUGUUGACCUGGCAAAACGCAAUGGUGUGCAAAUAUUCUGGGAGACACCUGCAACUUCCUUGGUUGUGGAUGAUGGAUCUGGAAAUAGUAUGGGUGACGUCGUCGGUUUGGAAGUCGUUCAGGGAGGACAAAGACGACGAUUUCGGGCACAUGGAGGCAUUGUCCUUGCAUGCGGAGGGUUUCAAGCAUCACCAGCAUUGCGGGCACAAUACUUAGGACCAGGGUGGGAUCUUGCACAUGUGCGUGGCUGCAAGUAUAGCACCGGAGAUGGUCACCGCAUGGCAGGCAAAGUCAGUGCCCAGGUAGCGGGAAAUUAUUCCGGCUGUCAUUCUGUUUGCUGGGAUGCAGAUUCGCCUGCGAACGGAGGAAAUCGGCAGUUGACCAAUCAGUACACAAAGUCAGGGUAUCCUUUGGGACUCAUGUUGAAUAUAGACGGCGUCCGAUUUGUUGAUGAGGGGGUUGAUUUGCGCAAUUUCACCUACGCCAUCUUCGGCAGAGAGGUUUUGAAACAGCCUGCGUCGACGGCAUUUCAGGUAUGGGACAAUGAGGGAUCAAAGUGGCUUCGGAAGGAGGAAUACGACGACGAGGUAACAAUGAAUACAAGAGCGGAAACUCUGGAGGAACUCGCGGACAAACUCGCGAAUCGUGGGUUGAGAAACCAAAAGCAAUUUGUCGACACGAUCCAUGAGUAUAAUCGAGCAGUCCACUGUUUUCGUGACGAGCAUCCAGAUAAAAGAUGGGAUCCAUCAAUAAAGGAUGGGAUGUCCACGCAGUCGUCCAAGACAGGAUUGACUUUGCCAAAAUCGAACUGGGCGCUCCCAAUCGAGCGAGGUCCCUUCACAGCUGUGGAAAUUACUUGUGGUGUAACAUUCACCUUUGGUGGUUUACAAGUCGACCCAGGGACUGCCGGCGUUAUAUCAGAUACCACUCGAAGGCCCAUCCCAGGCCUGUACGGUGUCGGAGAAUUAUUGGGCGGUUUGUUUUAUUCGAACUAUCCUGGGGGUUCCGGGUUGACCGCAGGAACCGUUUUCGGGCGCAUCGCUGGAGCUCAUGCAGCGGAAAUCGCUCGAACAAGAAGCUCAACCUCGAGUACUCAAAGAGAAGUCUGA